CAUUCUCCUUUCACUAUUUCACCUUCAUUCUCGGAUCUGGGUUCUAUUGUUUUUUUACUUAGAAUCUUCAAACUCCAAGAAAAUACAACCAUGUUCUUUAUCCUUUUCUUCAUUCUGUCGUGUCUUGGAGCAAGUUGAAUGUGCAUGUUAAUCUUGUUUUGUUUACUUCGAAACGACAAAGAUAUAUUCCACACGAUAAGCAGAGUAUUAUAAAGACAUUCUACAUUUACAGAAGUGAUUCCACUCACUGCCUUGUCAGCUAACACAGUUGAGUACCCAACUUGAGCAAGUCAAGUUUUAACUGAUUGUGCACAACAGUUGCCUUGGCUUCAGCUCUUUCUAUAAUCUCAGCAACUGUCAGUCAGUCUAAACCAAACUUCCAACUUGAGGUAAUAUUACUUUUGUAGCAAAUUCUAGCGUCAAACAGCACCUUAUCAGUACUUCCCUUCUUGCGUUGCUCAUCUCUUUGGUUGUUCUUCGGUUUUCCUCGUAUAGAGAUAGUGGGGAGUUGUAUAAAUUGUUGCAGACAUGGCCAACAAGGAGGAUGGAGAAUCUUCAAGGGAGCCACUCAUGAACAGAGAUGGAUCAGCUCAUGAAGGGCAUCAAUGGUUGGUUUACCUCAGCACAUUUGUCGCGGUCUGCGGCUCUUAUGAGUUUGGAUGCUGUGCAGGUUUUUCGUCGCCUACUCAGGAAGCCAUCACUGAAGAUCUCAGUUUGUCAUUAGCAGAGUAUUCAAUGUUUGGCUCCAUUUUGACAUUUGGUGCAAUGAUUGGUGCUAUUACGAUUGGUCCCAUAGCUGAUUUUAUUGGCCGAAAAGGGGCCAUGAGAGUGUCCAGUGCUUUCUGUGUUGCAGGUUGGCUAGCUAUUUACUUUGCUGAGAGUGUUUGGCCUCUUGACAUUGGGAGGCUGGCAAAAGGUUAUGGAAUGGGAGCCUUUUCUUACGUCGUACCUAUUUUCAUAGCUGAGAUUGCUCCCAAGAAUCUUCGAGGAAGGCUAACUGCUGUAAAUCAGUUGAUGAUCUGUGCUGGGGUGUCCGUUUCGUACAUAAUUGGGGUAGUAGUCAGUUGGAGGGCUCUAGCAUUAAUUGGACUUAUUCCUUGUGCUGUGAUCAUUUUCGGGCUCUUUUUCAUUCCCGAGUCUCCAAGAUGGUUGGCAAAGACAGGAAAACAUCAAGAAUUUGAAGUUGCACUACAGAAAUUGCGUGGUGAAGAUGCUGAUGUAUCUCAUGAAGCAGCAGAAAUCCAGGACUACAUAGCAACCCUUGACCAGCUUCCAAAAGCAAAAAUGCUGGACUUGUUUCAACGGAGAUACUCGCGUUCAGUCAUUAUAGGAGUUGGGUUAAUGGUUUGCCAACAAUUUGGAGGAAUCAAUGGAGUCUGUUUUUAUGUCAGCAGUAUUUUUGAGCAAGCAGGUUUUCCUUCAAGCAUUGGAACCAUAACCUAUGCUAUUCUUCAGGUUGUGGUAACUGGCCUUGGUGCAGCCGUUAUGGAUAAAGUUGGAAGAAAACCUCUGAUUUUGACUUCUGCAUCAGGGUUGGUACUUGGCUGUGUCCUGACUGCCGUUUCAUUUUUCCUAAAGGUUAAUGACUGGGCACUCGGUGCAGUUCCUGCACUCGCUGUAACUGGCAUAUUGGUCUAUAUAGGAUCAUUUUCAAUAGGAAUGGGAGCAGUACCUUGGGUUGUGAUGUCUGAGAUAUUCCCUAUCAAUAUUAAAGGACAGGCCGGAAGCUUAUCAACUUUAGUUAACUGGUUUGGAGCAUGGUUGUGUUCCUACACUUUCAACUUCCUGAUGAGUUGGAGCUCCUAUGGCACCUUCAUUCUUUAUGCAGCAAUCAAUGGCCUGGCUAUAGUGUUUGUGGUUUUCGUAGUACCUGAAACAAAGGGAAAAACCCUUGAACAAAUCCAAGCAGCCAUUAACAAAUAGAGAAUUGAAGGAAGAUUAUGAAAAAAGGAAUUAAUGAAGUUCGCGCAUUGUUUGUGGUUAAUUGAGACUCAUUCAAAUGUUUCUACAGCUAGCUGAGGUUAAAGCAACUUCGAAGAUGAUACCUGGGGAUAGCUGGAAAACGAGGCUUAUAAAUUGAACCACUGUAAUGAAAACACUAUUAGUGCAGGGUCUCAUAUCUUUCAUCAAUUAUGUUUCCCUCAACCUGUUUGCUUGGCCAAUUGAUAUUAUUGGAGUCUCAAAUGUGUACUAGCUUAGAAUUAAUUUCCGAGGGUGUCAGAAAAAUCUCUAUUUCUAUUGACGAAUACAUCAUUUUUCUGAUCUACACUGCAAAUAU